AUGCGGUACUCUUGCGUGCUCCUCCUCCUGGCCCUCUUCGGCUGUGUCCUGGUCAGACAGACCAGUGGCACCGGCACCGCAACCACCACCGUGGCGACUCUCACAGCCACCACCACCGUGGCGAGUAUCACAGCCAUCACCACCUCUGCAUCCGCCAUCACGACUGCCGCCUCCGCGACCGCCGACACCACAACUACCGCCGCCUCAAGCUCAACCAAGGUCAAGCACCACUGGAAGAGGAAGGUGCACAAGGGCAAGAAGAGGUCCAUCCGCCGCAGGAACAGGAACAGGAACAAGAAGGACAACAAGAGUGGCUAG